UGUCUGUCCUUUCCCGAUAAGCCCGGUGAUUGCUCGAAUGGGGAGGAUAGGCAUAUACUCUCUCUCUCUAUUUUUUUAAAAGUUCUCACCCGCCAAACACAUCGGCAGCCCUAGAAACACUCUCAAUCACUUCUCUCUUCCUACACACUCAGAACCUGCGCAGGCUGAGCUGAUCCCGUGGAGUUUCGAUCGACAGAUCUGUGAGAUUGGGUGCGAAAACUACAAAUAGGUUCGCAGGGGGCUGAGGCUGAGACUCUGAAGGCUAAAAUUCUGCAGGCUUUCCUUUUGAAAGCACUCUGCAAACUGCAAAAAGCUUAAACGAGAGCCUCCUGACUUGGACCGUGAUAUAUCAAAGCGUAAAAAAAGGCCUUUUUAUCACUAUACAGCCAAAGUACUCUCUGAAUUAUCGUCAUCAAUGCAGAGGACAUAGCAACCCCACCUGCAUUCUAAUCACACUCCUUUCUCUCUCUAAUCCUGAUCUCUCUCUCUCUCUCUCUCUCUCUCUCCUUGGAGCGUUAGGAGGAAAGAUAAGAGGAAAAGAAAACAACGAAGUCAGAAUAAUAAAAAAAUAAUAAUAAUAGUAAUAUAAUAAAAAAAAAAGGGGUCUUGGCGUAUUGAAUGAUUUAUUGCUUGAGAAAGGCAUGAAAGUGCUAUGGAGGUGGAGGAGAGUCAAGCACAGGUGUGUAAAUUCCCGAGGAUCGGAAAUGGCAGGAACGAUUCCAACAAGGUAGGACAGAAAGGAGGAGGCGACCAUUACCUAGAUGAUGAAGACGACGGGGAGCUCAGAAGGGCUGGCGAUGGAGGUACGUACAGCACCAUUAAUACUGCUAACGGGCUUCGCGGUUUGCACCACUCUUCGCGUAUCAUUAGGGUUUCUCGGGCCUCCGGUGGGAAAGAUCGGCACAGCAAAGUGUUGACCUCAAAGGGGUUGAGGGACAGAAGAGUUCGGUUGUCGGUGACCACGGCGAUUCAGUUCUAUGACCUUCAAGACAGGUUGGGGUACGACCAACCGAGCAAAGCUGUGGAGUGGCUGAUUAAAGCGGCUUCCGAUGCCAUCUCGGAGCUUCCUUCUCUGAACAGUUCUUUCCCUGAUACACCAAAGCAGCUGAGCGACGAGAAGAGGGCAUGCGUGGGUACUGAACAGGGAUUCGAUUCAGCUGAAGUGGACUUGGAUGGCGAUCCCAAUUACCAGCACCAGCAACAAAACCAGCACUUUUCCUUGUCCAAAUCUGCUUGCAGCAGUACUUCGGAGACCAGCAAAGGCUCCGGCCUGUCUCUGUCGAGGUCGGAAAUCCGAGUGAACCGCGUCAAAGCCAGGGAGCGAGCCAGGGAGAGAGCUUCAAAGGAGAAAGAGAAAGAAACCGAGUCCCGUCUUCCUCAUCACACCCAGAACAUCAACCACCCAAAUAUCUCGCCAAACCCUUCCUUUACUGAGCUUCUCACUAAUGGAAUUGGCAAUGUCAAUAACACUACUUCUAGUCCGAGUGGUUCUGCUCCGCAAAACCAGGGUGGCGGCGAGCCUCAUUUGUUCCACAAGGCGACUGCUGUGGCUUCCACCCCUAUGGAUUAUUUCGGGUCGGAGCUUCCUGGGCUCUCAUCGUCACGGACCCAUCACUCGUCGGGGUUUUUGGGGCACAUCCAUAUGGGGAAUUCGCUGCCGCAGACUAUAUCGAUCCCUCCGUUCAAUGUGCCGGGUGAAAAUCACGGGGAGCUGCAGCAUUUCUCUUUCCCAGACCUCAUUCCGGUUGCCGCCACCUCCCAACACAAUGGGGGUGAUUACAACCUCAGCUUCUCAAUCUCUUCUUCCGGCCAUGCUGGCUUCAAUAGGGGGACCCUUCAGUCCAAUUCACCGUCUUCUUUUUUGCCUCACCCUCAGAGGUUUUCUCCUAUAGACGGACCAAAUGUGCCCUUCUUCAUAGGAGCCGCCUCCGCCGCUCCAUCCGUGGAGAAUCAUCACCACCAUCAGUUCCCUGCUGGAUUUGAUGGCCGACUGCAACUCUGCUAUGGCGAUGGAAGCCGGCAUUCAGACCACAAGGGGAAAGGAAAAAACUAAGUCAUUGGCACUGCAUAUUUCCUCUUUGGCCAUCUUUCUUUCUGGUGGGUGGAAUAUGAUAUUCUCGAAUAGAGUUUUGGACUUUUGAGUGUCUUGUGCAUAGAACCAUGAAGGGUUUGCUUAAAUUUCUUGGUAAUCAUAAAAGAAGUCAAGCCAUUGGGCAUGUUUUUAUGGGUGUCAUCUAUUAUAUUGUUUUGUUUCAAUUCCUGCAUGGAAUGCUGUGAAUAGGGAUCGGCUGGUUGUCUCCUUGUCUGUCCUCUUGUUGGUUCCCUUCUCUCUAGCAUCUGUAAGUCUUCGCCAGGUGUUAGCAUUCGCGUGGUCAAGCCCAUGUGUUGGCCAUAUAGUGGAAAACCUUAAACUAAACGAGCCCAGUAGCUUUUUAGAGUCCAAAUUUCUAACUUUUAUCCGCUUUCCAGCUGCACCACAUGGCAGCUAAUCGGCGCACUGUCGGUGUUUACUGUUCAAUUGUUCGAUUUCUUAAUAAUUUAGCAUUGUGAAUCCCAUGAGUGCUAACUUUGUUCCUGAUAAAAGCCCAUGCACGUAUAGAUCCUUGCUUUUCAUUUGCUUGAAGAAACCAGCUAUUUCAAUAAAGGUGUUGCAGCUUUUACACCCUAGUCUGUUGGAGAUAUAUGAGAAUUAUAGAUAUUAGUGAACCAUUAUAAUAUUAUUUAUAUCUAAGGAUUCAUAAUUAACGGUAAUAAUACUGUAUUUCAUUUGCCACUGGUAUGUUUCACUUUAUUUUAUUUGAAAUGUGACACAGGGAAUUCAACGAAUUAUUUGUUUAGAAUAUGGCAAAUCAUAAGAGAUAGAUAGUCGUCCUGGGUAAAUAGAUGAAGUAUAAAACAUUAAAACAUUGGCUAACAUCAUAAAACAAGAAUUUAGACAAAUUAGUAUCAGUUGCAAUCGUAAAAACUGUUGAUAUUUGAUGAAUUGGUAGUGUAUUGAAUUAACUGGAGAAACACAUAAAAACUCAUCACGCUAGUUAGGAAAGUGCUAUAGAACUUUUGCACAUGUAGGGUUUGUUAUGAUGACUGUCAGAUAAGCUACAUGAAUUUUUGGGGUGAUUUAUGACACCUCUUUCCCCCAAAACAAAAUAAAUAAAUAAAGCUUUGGGUGCAGAAUAUGGAUGUUUAAUUGAUCAUCAAGAUCAUUGAAUGCUAGAUUUAAAAACAUUGGUAUCCAAUUAUAGAAGAUUUUUUAAGGGAGGCAAAAUUGGACUCUGAAAAUAUCUAUGGUAUUGUGCCAAUUUUUAUAUUGGAAUUGGUAGGAGUACCUGAGCUUUUUUUUUU